AUGAUCGAGUCGGACAACCUGCGCACGGCCUCGCUGUACAUCAACAACCAGCUUCUGUCGCGCGGCCUGCUGCGCGAUGGCCAGAGCAUCGACUUCGCCGACCCGGACGCGAGCGAUGGUGGCGGACUGCAGGCCACGAUGGGGAGGGUCAUGAGCGUGGUCAACGAUCUGAUUCUGAGGCGCGAUCGCGACGCCGAAACCCGCGAAUCCCUCUCCGAGACGCUGCGCACCCUGCGCGCCGACUCGCAACGCCAGGCCGCCGAGCUGACGCGCCAGGCCGACAAGCUGCACGACGCGCACCGACGCCUCGACGCGGGCGACGCCACCGAGCGCGUGCUGCGCUCCCAGCUCAAGACCGCAGAGGGGGGCGCAACGAGGCUCCGCGACGAGCUGGCCCGGCUGCGCGCGCUGGUGGCGCAGACGCGCGCCGCGUGCGCUGCUGAGGUGCGCAGGCGCGAUCGCCAGGUCGACGCGCUGAAGAAGGCUGUGGGCGAUGCUGGGCGCGUGCGUGGUGGGGCGAGGAGUCGCGCUGUGAUUAGUAUUUGCGUCACGGGCGAUGUGGGCGGUGGUGGUGGUGGUGGUGCGGGUGACGACGGGGCGGGAGGAUUGCCGCCGGGUGCGACGGAGAGUGAUGGGUAUAGCCUGCGCUUGGAGACGAACGAGUUCCUGACGGAGCUGGCGCGCGGGCUGAGCGAUGAGAACGAGGGUCUGCUGGCGGUGCUGCGGCGCGCUGUCGAGGGCCUCCGCGAGAUGAGCGGGCUUGAGCGCGAGAGAGGAGGGGAUGGCGAGUGCGACGGUGAUGAUGCCGACGGGGACGUCGCGAUGCAUCAGACGGCGACUGCGGCACACAACGAGAAAGGCGCAGAGGAGCUGGCGAACGAGCUGGACGCCAUCGUCGAGCACCUGCGGUCCAUUCUCACGAACCCGUCCUUCGUGCCCAUCGAGGAGGUCGAGGUCCGCGACGAGGCCAUCAAGCGGCUGCGCGGGGGGCUCGAGACCAUGGAGGCGAGGUGGAAGGACGCCGUGCACAUGAUCGACGGCUGGCGGAGGCGCAUGGUGUCGAGCGGCCGGUCGGUCGACAUGGAGGAUCUGCAGAUGGGCUUGCGACUUAGUCCCGUGCGCGUCCACGAUGUCGAGGAGACGGCGGACGUAAUGCCCAUGCGGCUGUCGUGUGUGCAGGAAGAAGAAGAGGAGGAGGAGGAGGAGGAGGAGGAGGAGGAAGGAGACGAGGACGAGGAAGUUUCCUAUCUGCAGCAGCGGGAACAGGAACGGCGGCAUCGAUCACCAAGUCCUGUUGAGUCUCUUCAUCUUGUCCCCGCGCCUGGCUACGAGGUGGAAGAGCACGAGGACGAAUCAGACUCGGACUCGAGCAUCUUCCAGGAUGACAUUGAGAUCGACGAGCUUGAGGCCGAGGAGCCGAAUUUCGAGGUCCUGCAGGAGUCUACGGCCACGUCUAUGUCUAUGGGCUCGCCUCCCCUCCCCGAUCCGCCGCAACCGAGUCCGCUCAAGGACAACUACUCGUCGGGCAACAGAGGCCUGGGUAACGACGCGUCUUACCACCGCAACAGACCGGGUGACUUCACGACCAUCAUCGAGGAGAACACAUGGGAUCUGGCGGCGGCGGCAGAGGAAGAGGAACCGCCGGUACCGCCACCCCAUUCAACGGCUUGGAAGGGGUCUCCAGUGAUCGCGUCAGGGAAGGCUGUGUUGGUGAACGCUGUCAAGCCCGGGUCUACCGAGAAAGCGUCCGUAAAACCACCACCGCAACAGCUAGAUCAGCCUUCUUGCUCUGAUGCGUCAUACGACAGCCCGCUAUUCGGAAAGUCGGGCGAGAGGCCAUCGCAAUCACAGCCCUCGCGGAAACUCUUCUCAAAACCAUCAGUGCCCGCCCAGAAGCCCCAGGCCAAAUAUCUGUCUCCGCCCGAGCCCGAGCCGGAAACAGCACGGGUCACUCGAUCGGCGAAGCGGAAGUCUCCAGAUCCAUCUCCAGCGCCGCAGCCGAAGACGGCCAAGCGCACGGCUUCGGACCCCAGUCCAGCGCAUCAACAAGUCUCCUCCUCUCAGGCUUCGACAUCGUCGUCAAAGUCGCCGACAGACAGGGCGAACACCAAGAACCAGCAACAGCAGCAGUCAGCGCGCAAGAAGAACCGCUCGCCCGUUCGCAAUGCCCAGGUCUCGUCUCGUCUGCCACGGCGCAACAACCCGCCCCCGCAGCAGAGUCCCCUGACCAUGGCAUCCAUAGCCGCCAAGCUAGCCGCCUCGGAGCGCGAGGCGGACGCUGCGAGGGUGCGGGCGAAGCUCAGAGCCGUGCGGAAGGGGAGGCGGACGACGACCGUGUUAGCUGAGGGAACGGUGCCCGAGGUCGCGGAGGAAACCUCUCCCGCCCCUGAACUGGCCCGGAGCCAGGCUGCUGAACUGGUAGAGAAUGCGGAAGACGAGGAUGUCGACCCCGUGAAGAAGGACAUCGAGCCGCUCCCUGCUUUGCCAAUGUGGCAGCAGAGCCAAACCCAAAACCAGGACCGGAAACCAGACCAGGAACCCCAAAUUGAGCAGAAGAGCGGUGGUGAAACCCGAGAACCACCCCGCGAGCAACAACCCGCCCACGACGACGAGCCUGACGAGCUCGCCCUCAGCACCAACGUACCGCAACUUACUACCAACGACCCGAGCAGCAACGACAACCAUCAUGACUACAACGGGGGCGGCCUCAGCCCGCCCAAGAGACGCAAGCGCGAGCAGCGCGAGACCCGCCGCACCAGCAGGGUCGCGUCACGCCGUCGGAGUACGCUCAAUCCGUGGGAGCUGCAGAGUCUGAUCCGCGGCGAUGUCGGGGUUGAGAGUCCGGCGCGGUAG